GAGUAUACAAGGAAAUCGCUUGGUUGGAUCCAUUCCAUCCUCUCUCGGCCGCUUGGUCAACCUGGUGAGCCUGGAUCUCUCAUCCAAUUCCCUGAGUGGCCCCAUGUUCACAAACUUCGCCUUCCUUGAUGGCCUCACCUAUCUAAACCUCUUUGAUAAUAACCUCAGCGGGGAGAUUCCGGCUGAGAUUGGAGGCCUCACGGGAUUGGUGUACUUAAACCUUUCUGCUAAUAACCUCAGCGGGGAAAUUCCAGCUGAGAUUGGAGGCUUCACUAGAUUGGAGUACUUAUACCUUUCUGCUAAUAACCUCAGCGGGGAAAUUCCAGCUGAGAUUGGAGGCUUCACUAGAUUGGAGUACUUCAACAUCUCUGGCACCAACCUCACAUGCCCACCUGGCAACUCUACCU